AUGGCGGCCGCUUCGAAGAGCGGUGGUCCGGCGGUCGGCAUCGACCUCGGUACGACUUACUCGUGCGUGGCCGUGUGGCGGCACGACCGCGGCGAGGUCAUCGCCAACGACCAGGGCAACCGCCUCACGCCAUCCUGCGUGGCCUUCACCAGCACCGAGAGGCUCGUCGGCGAGGCGGCCGUGAACCAGGCCGCCCUGAACCCCAUGAACACCAUCCUCGCAUCAAGUCUGUACAAGAAGAUGUCAAGUUGUGGCCUUUUCAAAGUCGUCGCAGGUAAUGACGAACGGCCAAUGAUCGUUGUGCAGCAUGAAGGCAAGGAGAAGCAAUUCAUGCCUGAGCAGAUCUCCUCCAUGGUGCUGGUCAAGAUGAGAGAGACAGCCGAGGUAUAUCUCGGUAAAAAGAUCAAGAACGCUGUCAUCACCGUGCUUGUCUACUUCAACAACUCCCAGCGCCAGCCUACCAUUGACGCCGGUGCCAUUGCCGGCCUAAAUGUCAUGCGCAUUAUCAAUGAGCCAACCGCCGCUGCCCUUGCAUAUGGUCUUGAGAAGAUGCCAGUCAGCAGCAAACGAAGGACAGUGCUCGUUUUUUAUCUUGGUGGUGGUACCUUUGAUGUCUCCCUCCUCAACAUUGAUCCGGGAGUCGGCAUCGAUAAGGGUCUCUUUGAGGUGGUGGCCAUCGCCGGUGACACUCACCUUGGCGGGGCGGACUUCGACAACGAGAUGGUGAAAUACUCUCUCCGGGAAUUUACACGGAAACACGGGAGGAUGGACAUCCAUAGCAACCAGAAGGCGCUUCGGCGGCUGAGGACUGCCUGCGAGAGAGCAAAGAGGAUGCUGUCUUCCACCGCACAGACCACCAUUGAGGUCGACUCACUCCAUGACGGCAUUGACUUCUGCACCACCAUCACCCGAUCUCGAUUCGAGGAGCUCAACAAGGAUCUUUUCAGCAAGUGCAUGAAAGCUCUGGAUAAGUGCUUAUGUGAUGCCAAGAUGGACGAGAGCAGCGUCCACGACGUCGUCCUCGUGGGCGGCUCCACCCGUAUCCCCAAGGUGCAGAGCAUGCUUCGGGAUUUCUUCUAUGGGAAGGAGCUUUAG